GAUUGUUUAGAGCCUCGGCUCUAUAUAAACUUUUCCAUUCUUGGAAGGGAGGGGCGAAAGAGUUUUUGAGUUUGGGCACAGGAAAAGCUUUGAGAGUAAGACGGAAGGAUUCCGUCAGUUACAGUGAGAGAGAUGGAGAUGGAGGUAGAGGAGGAGGGGAUUCCGUCAUAUAAGAGAUUGGGCAUCCGCAAUACGAUACAGACCAACUUUGGAGACGACUACGUCUUCCAAAUAGCCUCCUGCAAGGAAGGAUCAUCUAUGGCGGUUUCUUUAUCAACAAAUAUGAUCAAACUUUACUCACCAGAAACUGGACAAUAUUUGGGAGAGUGUACAGGCCAUUCUGGAACCAUUUCUGAAAUUUCCUUCUCUUAUCCUUCCUCCUCUCAUGUUUUAUGCUCUUCCUCUGUUGAUGGAACUCUCAGAGCUUGGGAUACAAGGACCUUCAACCAGGUUUCCUUAUUAAGGAGUGGUCCUUCUCAAGAAUUAUUUGCCUUUAGCUUUGGGGGAUCUAGUGGUAACCUUCUUGCGGCUGGAUCUAAUGCACAGAUCCUCUUUUGGGAUUGGAGGAUUGGAAAGCUCGUUUCAUGUUUGGAGGAAUCCCAUAUUGAUGAUGUCACUCAGGUUCUAUUUGCCCCAAAUCACCAAAAUAAGCUCAUAUCUGCUUCCGUUGAUGGAUUGCUCUGUACCUUUGAUACUGAUGGUCAAAUCGAUGAUGAUGAUAACUUGGAAUCUGUGAUGAAUUUGGGUACUUCAAUUGCAAAAGUGGGGUUCUUUGGGGAGACAAAUCAAAAGCUCUGGUGCUUGACACAUAUAGAAACUCUUAGCAUUUGGGAUUGGGAGCUUGCAACUCAAGAAGCUGAUUUUCAGGAUGCUCGUUCAUCAGUCUCUGCCUGUUGGAACCUUGAUCAAGUGGACUAUUUUGUGGACUGCCACUAUUCUCAGGCCGAUGAAAGGCUAUGGGCAAUUGGGGCCACAAAUGGUGGCACAUUGGGCUACUUUCCUCUCAACUCUAAUGGCACAUCUAGGUUUUUUGGGACUGUAGAUGCAGUUCUUGAGGGGGGCCACUCAGGGGUUGUAAGGACGAUAAUGCCUUCAUCCACAGGCCUCGGGGGCUCCAUUGGUGGACGGACCAUAUUUGGGUGGACAGGUGGUGAGGAUGGACGGUUGUGUUGCUGGUUGUCGGAUGAGGAAUCGACUGAGACUAACCGUUCUUGGGUUUCGGGGAGUUUGGCUAUCAAGUCUCCAAAGAGUUAUAGGAAGCGUCGGCAUCACCCUUAUUGAAAAGAUCGCCGAUUAGGCCAAUCCAGAUUGGGAUCUAUGGGUGAGCGAUCCACCCCACUGAUCCGUGUUCUAAAACGCUGCUAUAAUCCAAUGGGGGAAAACCAUAGUCUAUUGUGUCAUCACUGUCUAGUGAAAGGACGAUGGUGAUUGAUAGCGGACCUGACCCCUAAGUGGGGUACCACAUUCUCUCCAUCACCUGUCCAUUUCAAUGAACAGCGCUGACCCCAGUGGACCGUGGUUUUAUUUGAUCUUUCCACAGUUCAUGACAAAUAUAGUAAUUUUUUGUAUGAUUUUGAUUGUUGGUACUUGUAGUAUUUUGUAUUUGUAUUUUUACGGAUUUUUGUAAUAGGAAAGUUCAAAGCUUUCUCUUCGGUUUGGGGGCUGUUUCUUAUAGGAGUAGCUCAAGGAAUUUUGCUUUAUUUGUGUGAAACCUCAUAAAUUACCAUGUAUCAGAAACAAUGCUAGCGAGGAGCACUAGUGGGGACCCUACUUAAGGUCAGUGUGUUUUUUUGAGUUCCCUUGUGUAAUUUUGGUUCUGCAAAUCAAAAAGUGUAUCAUGGAAUAACCGCAAAUUAUUACUCAAUAAAAAUAAAUAAACCUGUGAAUAUGUUAUCAGUUUUGCCUCAAGAGAUUAUCUCUUGUUUCUUACCGUGAUGACUCUCCCACCUUUGAAAUUCCGGUUACAUUACACACAGAUGCACAAGCGCGUGCGUGGAACUCACGGUUUUUUUUUUUUGAGAUUGAAUGCAUUAAUACUGAAAUGUCAAUACUUUUUUCCCUCCACAUGGACGAUUUCUUACCCAUUCAAAUACGUGAAGAAGGAAGUGGAUAUAGACCGGAUUGUUUUAUUGGUGUAUUAACAGCUGUUUUGGCAAUGUUGGGUCAAGUGUUUUGCUUUUGAAAUAAUCCGGCUUGUGUGAUUUUCGGUUAUAUGGUGCACAGACAGGUUAAGUGCUGGUCAUCACCGAAGAGGCAUUUUUGUUUAAGUUUGACACCGCCCUUUGGCAGGGUUUGAAGUUCCAAAUGAUAAUGUAGCGGGAAAAAGGGAAAUUUAUCAAAAAUACAUCUAAAAGGUCAACUAUUUAAUAUCUUA